GCGGGUGGUUCCCGGCUCCAGCGCCUCAGCAGCCGGCGGGGCGGGGCGAUACUGGCCCGGCUGCGCCUGUGAGAGGUGGCGCUGGCGGAGGUGCUGCCCCUCCGUGGCCGCUGACGAGCCCCCGCCGCUCCGCCAAGGCAGAACGGGCCUUGUGGCUGCCGUAGCAAUGCCCCGCGCCCCCAGCCGCGUGCCAGGUUGGCGGGAAACGGUCUCACGUGCCGCGGCUGCCUGGGCGGGGGCGGGGUUGCCCUCUUCCCGCGCCGGGCAGCGCUUUCACUGGCCUCCUCCCAACCCGUCUUGGGCUCAGCUAAUUCGUAACCCCCAUUUGGGACUUUCACACCGCGCCAGGGGGGGAAAAACCCUCCUAAGCUAGGGAAAUACGAGUGUGAACCACGAACACUGGCGGGGGACUUGGAGGCACGGCUCAAUAAUGAAAACGAACAGCUACUUAAGAAGUUGAAAAGGCUGCAUAGAAAAAAUCAACAGCUAGAAAAUGAUUUGGCUCAGAUCCAGGAGAAACUGCAUCUGGAUCAGUUAAUGCGUGACUAUGUCACAAGCAGAGAUGUUCAGGUUCAAACAGAAUCCCACUUAUGGCACAAGGGAGGUGGCAGUCUCAAGAAGGAAAUGAAAGUAGCAAGCGAAAGUGCCAGAAUACUUCAGAUGUAUAAUAACCUGCAGAAACGUUAUGACAGAGAAAUCAAAAUAAACCAGGAACAAAGUGAAACAAUUAAAAAUCUCACUAUUAAAAUUCAUGAGCUAGAGCAUCAACUUCAAGGACAAAAGCAAAGAAUUGAGCAGCUGGAAUGUAAAAAGGUCUCCCAGAAGGACAACACUGUUUCUGGAGUAAGGACUCCAACAGCAGAGAGAGAAGUAACAUUUUCUCAUAGAUGCAUAUAUAAAAAGAAGGGAGCCUGUUCUUGCAAAUAUUUAGAGCUAUUGCUGCUUGAGAUUCAAAAGCUGAAGAAAAAAAAUGAGAAGUUGUCUAGAGAAAGGAGAAUGCAAAGAAAUGAAUUACCUGGAUUAGACAAGGAAUUUUUUGACGAGAUAGAAGAUUUAAAGUAUGCUCUGCAAGAAUCAAUAAAACUGAAUAAUCAGUAUGAAAAGUGCUUGAAACACAUAAGUUCAACAUAUGGAUUUGCUUUUGCCGCACCUUUUGUAACUAGUAAUAGUCGUAUAAUUUAAUAGAAAUUAAACAUUCCAUUUAGAUUUUUAAUGUUGAAUUCUUUUCCAAAAACACAGACCAACCUGGUUACCAGGUUAGCACUUCAUUUUCCACAAUAAAAUCAUGACUUCCUUGACUCUAACAUGCAAUUUUACAGUGUUCUGUAUCUUUUACAUUGACCCUUGUGCCUUUGCUAUAUAGUUUUUGAAUAAACUGUCCUUUUAUAAUUUUGUUUUAGAAA